AGCAAUUUAUAAGAUGGGUAGCUUCAUCUCCAAGUCACAACACAUUCGUGACACAACUCCUCUUUACUAGUCUUUUCAAAAGCUCGAAACUUGUAAUCCCCUAAAUAAGACAAUAUCCGUGUCUUUGUGUGUCUUGUCACUUUGAUAUCUGUCUUUGGCUAAUUCUUCACGAAGAUCAACGGCUAUAAAAAGUAGAGAAAGAUAAAGACCAAGAAGACAGGUGUCAUAAGAGUUACUGGAAAAGGUAACUGUAACACCAUCUAUGUCGUCCACCUCCAGAGAUUCAAGACCAUAAAGAAGACAAGUGUCAUAAAAGUUCUCAUCUUUAUGAAACUCUGUGUCCACCAUAAGAUUCCUUCCUAUUAUUUUCUCUGCUCAGGAUAUAAAGAUUUUAUUGAGAGACUUUCUAUUGAAGUGUUCAACAAUGGCUGAUGAUCAAUCUCUUCACUCUCCGAUCACACCACAUUUCUUCCAACCUCUCCUUCCCGGCUUUCACACUCACCUUAACAUUCCUGUAGCUUUCUUCUCAAGGCACGUCCAAGGAAAUAACGACCAUAUCAAAACUGCGAAACUGAGAACAGAUGCCUCCGCUAAAACUUGGUUAGUGAAAAUAAACGGCUUGAAACUCACAGAUGGGUGGGAAGAUUUUGCAGUAGCGCAUGAUCUACGGAUUGGUGACAUCAUCAUUUUCAGAUAUGAAGGAGAGAUGGUGUUUCAUGUCACAGCUUUCGGACCAAGUUGCUGUGACAUUCAAUAUACUUCAGCAUCAUCUCACAACAUCAAUGAUGAUAGUCAAGAUCAGACCAACAAUACUGGAAACAGUUCAGGGGAGAAGAGAAAGAGAGUGAAGAAAACUCCAAGAACGAAAGAAGAGUCUUCAUCAGAUCACUCUCACUUUAUGGCACAUGUCUCACCCUCUAGUCUAAGAUUUGAUCGACUGUAUGUACCAAUUAGUUUUGCGAGGUCAAACGGUCUGGACAACAUGAGCGGUAAAGAGAUCGUUCUUCUUAACCAGGAAGGAAGAUCAUGGAAUUUGAAUAUUACAUACACCAAAGCAAGCGUGCAGACUCUUGUCGGACCUGGCUGGAGAAGAUUCUGUGCUGAGAAUGGGAUGAACAAAGGUCAUCACUAUACAUUCAAACUGGUCGGAAAAUCUGCACCUCCAGUCAUCCGUUUGUCCCUCUCAGAACCAGCUCCAGAAUCUUCAUUACACCAUUCUAACUAUGUGGGAUCUGUCAGUUCUAAUAGCUUAAGAAAAGAUAAACUGUAUAUUCAGAGGAAGUUUGUGAAUGCAAAUGGUCUGAAAGGACUCAGUGAGAUAGUUUUAAAGAAUGAAUGGGGAGGAAGCUGGAAUUUAGGUUUGAGAUACUACGAGUCACUCGACCAUACUUAUCUUGGACCAGGCUGGAAAACUUUCUGCCAAGUAAACAGGAUCAAAACUGGAGAUUCCUUUAUGUUUAAAGUGGUUGAAACUGGGGACAAGCCUGUUCUCUUGUUGUGCACUACCAACCGUGGCAAAACACCAUUAGAUUGUCCAGAAGAUAGUGGUGAUAUAAACUCCCUCUCCUCAGAUACUGGCAGCAGAGAAUCCCAAGAAAGUGAAGAGGAGAGUCUUGAAGACGAUGACAGCAGCUCAGAGGAAAGCUUUGAGAUGGUGAAAAGGGAGAAUAGCUCGAGAUGCAGAGCUUCAUCUUCAUAUAGUCAAGACCGAUUUGUGAAAUUAACUCUUACACCGAGAGCUCUUAAAACCUAUAAACUGAUGCUCCCGCUGGAUUUCACGCGGGUGAAUGGCAUCAACAAGCCGGGAAGAGGAUGGAGAGAGUUCUGUGAUGCUCAUGGCGUAAAGGUAGGACAGUCCUUUCUGUUGGAACUCAUUUGGGAGGAUGAAGAAGCCAUUCCGGUGCUUAAGUUCUGUACCAAACUUUGAGACUGUUGUCCUGUGGUGUGAGACACUACAAUAUUUUCUAUCUAUCUGUCAAGUUUCUUGUUGACUAAUUAUCUCUAGUGUGUGUGUUGUGUGUAAAAUGGCAAACACUUUCACAUUCAUUUAACUUCCAGUUCCAAGGGGACAUGCUCAAGCUA